CAUUUCCUCCAAUGGCGGAGAGGCAGGGGCAGGCUCCGUGGAGGAGGAAGCAUGGCGUGGAGACAGCUGAAAAAGCGGGCCCUGGACGCUGCCAUCAUCCUGGGGGGUGGCGGACUGCUCUUCACCGCCUACCUGACAGCUACAGGGGACGAACGUUUCUACACAGAACACCUGAUGCCGGCUCUGCAGGGGCUGCUGGACCCGGAGUCAGCCCACAGGCUGGCCAUUCGCUUCACCUCCCUGGGGCUCCUUCCUCGAGCUAAGUACCAGGACUCUGAAAUGCUGGAAGUGAGAGUCCUCGGCCACAAGUUCCGGAACCCAGUGGGCGUUGCUGCGGGAUUUGACAAGCACGGGGAAGCCGUGGACGGCCUCUACAAGAUGGGCUUCGGUUUUGUCGAGGUAGGAAGUGUGACUCCACAGCCUCAGGAAGGGAACCCGAGACCCCGAGUCUUCCGCCUCCCCGAAGACCACGCUGUCAUCAACAGGUACGGAUUUAACAGUCACGGGCUCUCGGUGGUGGAGCACAGGUUACGGGCCCGGCAGCAGGUGCAGGCCAAGCUCACAGAAGAUGGGCUGCCACUGGGCAUAAACCUGGGGAAGAACAAGGCUUCGGCGGAUGCUGCCGCAGACUACACCGAGGGGGUUCGCGUCCUGGGCCCCUUGGCCGACUACCUGGUGGUGAACGUGUCCAGUCCCAACACGGCCGGGCUGCGGAGCCUUCAGGGAAAGGCUGAGCUGCGCUGUCUGCUGACCAAGGUGCUGCAGGAGAGGGAUGCCCUGAAGGGGGCGCACAAGCCAGCAGUGCUGGUGAAGAUCGCCCCCGACCUCACGGCCCAGGAUAAGGAGGAUAUCGCCAGCGUGGUGAGAGAGUUGGGCAUUGAUGGACUGAUCAUCACGAACACCACAGUGAGUCGCCCUGCCAGCCUGCAGGGGGCCCUGCGCUCCGAAGCCGGAGGGCUCAGCGGGAAGCCCCUACGGGAUUUAUCAACGCAAACCAUUCGGGAGAUGUACGCACUCACCCAAGGCAAGAUUCCCAUCAUCGGAGUUGGUGGAGUCAGCAGCGGGCAGGACGCGCUGGAGAAGAUCCAGGCCGGGGCCUCCCUGGUGCAGCUGUACACGGCCCUCACCUACUGCGGGCCACCCGUGGUGGGCAAGGUCAAGCGCGAGCUGGAGGCCCUUUUGAAAGAGCAGGGUUUCAGCAGAGUCACAGACGCCAUUGGAGCGGAUCAUCGGAGGUGAGGAUGUUGGCCGAUGAACUUGGUCUGGAACCUUCCUGUGAACUCGGGCGAGCCUCUGUGGCCGGACCGUGAGAGCAUGGACUGUCUAGUCGUGUCUGUCAAAGCCGAUCACUGAGGUCACCAGGAUGAGCAGAAGGUGUUCUCCAGGGGCUUGGUCGGAGCGGAAACUGCAGUCAUUGGUCCUUCUAGACUCAAAUCCUGAGAUCCGUCAUGGCAAGGACACUGGAUUUUUGGAGAGAAAAAUCAUGGAAAAAAUACAGCCAUUAAAACCUGAAUUUAAACCCACAGGCCACACCAUGCAGGCCUUUCUAGGCCUCUGUUGGCUGGUCUGCAGUGGACUUACUAGGAACUUGCCUGUCUUCCAUUCUUUAUUUUUAUUUGUGUGUUUAUUUUGAAAACACUCCAAGCAUAGGCAAACUUACUUGCAUAAACACUUCACUUUGAUUUACCAGCUGCUAACAUUUUCACACUUGCUUUAUUUCUAGAACAUAUAGAUAAGACGUACACAGUAUUCCUGCGUUUAUUAUCGCUGGAGCACCGGGGGUCAGUUGCAGCUAUCGUGACCUUGAAUACGUACGUGCUCCGGUGUGUGUCUCCUAAGCACACUGAUGUUAAUUUGGAAAUGUAUUGGAGAGGCACACACAGCAGGUAGACAGAGAUCUCUUAUCCACUAGCUCACCCUUUGGCAGUGGCCAAGGCUAAAUACAGUUGGGCACUGGGAACUCAGUCUGAGUCUCCCAUGUGGAUGACACAGACCCAAAUACUUGGGCCAUGACCUGCUGCCUUCCAGGGUGCUGGAAUGGGAAGUGGAGCCAAGACUUGAACCCAGGUACUCAGAUAUGGGAUGCAGGUGUCCUGGUGCUUUUUUUUUUUUUUUUUAAGACAUUUAUUUAUUUGAAAGAGUUACAGAAUGAGAGGGAAAGACAGAGAUCUUCCAGUUCUGCUGGCAGUGCUGGGCCAGGCUGAAGCCAGGAACUUCAUUCAGGUCUCCCAUGUUGGUGACAGGGACCCAAACACUUGGACCAUCUUCCACUGCUUUUCCCAAGCAUAUUAGUAGGGAGCUGGAUCAGAAGUGGAGCAGCCAGGACUCUAACUGGAGCCCAAAUGGGAUGCUGGCACUGCAGGUGACAGUUUUACCUGCUACAGCACAGCACCAGCCCCCAAGAUGGUUUUUUAACUGUUGCAGCAGCUGCCUGCCUAUGUACAACACGUUGAUCUUGCACACACAUAUGCUCUUAGACAUGUACUUAUAUUUUGUGUACCCCUAUCUAUCCAUGGGAAACAUACCAUUUUCAGUUUAUAGUUAUUUCACAUUCAUGUUUUACAGUUUCAUGUGCAUGAUAUCAUACACAAAUACAUCCUGAGUCGACUGUCUUUGCUCCUCUGACUUGGGCACUGUUUGUGUUGGCUCCUAUUGGUCCACCUCAUUCUUUUUCGUGGGAUGUGUUUAGCCAGUCCUCCACUGGGGAUCACCUAGAUGACUUCUAGUUUUCCUGUCACAGC